AUGACUGCAAUUCGUGAUAACUUGUGUGAACUUGGACGUCUCGAGAUCCCACGUCCAAAGUGUCAAGGAAUGCAGUUUGUGGCCACUCGUGGAAGACAAGGGUUCUAUAGAACAAUCCGCGAGAACGGAGCCAUGUACGGGAUUCAACUCAAGCCACAAGGACCAAAGCGACCACAACUCAGCUCGGAUCUUUUUAAUCGACCAAUGACUGUUCCAGAGGAGAACAUUGAGGAGGUCGAGGAGGCUCAAACCAGUCAUCCGGAGGUGAAGAAAGUGGAGCUCAACAAUAACAACAAUUAUAAGUUCAACUACGCUUCUCGACCACCAAUGCCACCACAACAACAAUCCAAGCCAAUCUACUUGUAUUCACCACAACCACAACCACAACAACAGCAGCAACCACAAACUCAACAAGCUCCACAACCAAGAAUGUUCAUGCAGCCACGUGGCAUCACCUCAGCCGUCAAUACUCGUCCAUCUUUGGCAGCUCAACCGAUUUCUCAAAAAUAA